AUGUUCCAGGACAUUCGCAACUACACCUCCCUCUUCAACGACGUCACCCCUACCGUCUCCAAGAACUGGUCGGGACCCAUCGAGAUUGCCAGCUACACCAGGGCCGAGAUCGAGGCUUACUCGUGCGUGGCCGACGAUGUUGCCUGUAACGCUGCUCCUGCCGUCCCUUCCCCUGCGGAUUCCUGGAGCGGCACCGUCAACAACCCUUAA